AGCUGGAGCAGUGAGACCCAGGUAUCCUCAUCAUCGGGGUGUUCCUAACAGUGAGCACUUUUGGCCGGGGCGGGGUUUGAACCCGCCACCUCCAGUAUAUGGGACCAGUGCCCUACUCCUUGAGCCACAGGCACCACCCUUGAGAAUUUUCUUAAUCACAACUUUUGAUGAAGCCAGCCAUGUUACUCUGUUUCUUGCAUUGCCUGGUUACCAGAAAUAUGACUUGCAGCCCUCUGUUUGUUGAGAAACAGGAAAACAUGUCCCUCAAGUCUUCAAUUCUGACCUGCCUUUUCCUGCUAAUCUCUGGUUCCUGGGAGUUCUUCGCUGACGCAAAUUAUUCUAGAAGCUAUCCUUGUGAUGAGAAAAGGCAAAAUGACUCUGUGUUUGCAGAUUGCAGCAGUCGUCGACUGCAAGAAGUUCCCCAAACAGUGGACAAAAAUGUCACGGAACUAGACCUAUCUUACAAUUUCAUCAAAUGCAUAACGAAUGAAUCAUUUCAAGGGCUACAAAGUCUCACUAAAAUAAAUCUGAACCACAACCCCGAUGUCCAGUAUCAGUACGAAAAUCGUGGCAUGAAUAAAAAUGGCAUGAGUAUUACAGAUGGGGCACUUUCCAGUCUCACACACCUAACAGUGCUGUUGCUUGAAGAUGUGCAGUUAUCCAAAAUGCCCACUCAUUUGCCAGGGUCUUUGAGAGAACUUAGUCUAGUUCAGAACAAUAUAAACAAUAUAAAUAAAAGUCAUACUACAGGACUUGAGCGCUUAGAAAGACUCUACCUGGGCUGGAACUGCUAUUUUAACAUUUGUAAUAAAAAGUUUGACAUAGAAGACGGAACAUUUGAAAACCUGACAAAUUUGCAGAUCCUGUCAUUAUCUUUCAAUCCUCUUUUCUACGUACCAGCAAAGUUGCCGACUUCCCUCAAGGAGCUUUACCUGAGCAACACCCAGAUCAAAACCAUCCAACCAGAAGACUUCAAGGGCCUGAUCAAUUUAACAGUGCUGGAUUUAAGCGGGAACUGUCCGAGGUGUUUCAACGCGCCGUUCCCGUGCGUGCCUUGUGCAGGAGAUGUUUCAAUUAAGAUAAACGACUCUGCUUUUCAAAACCUGACUAAACUUCAAUACCUAAACCUCUCUAGCACUUCCCUCACUAAGAUUCCUGCAAUCUGGUUUGAAAAUAUGCCUGAUCUAAGAGUGCUGCAUCUUGAAUUCAAUUACUUAGUGACAGAAAUAGCCUCUGGGGAAUUUUUAAUGAAGCUGCCCCAUUUAGAGAUACUUGAUUUAUCUUAUAACUAUGUAAAGACCGAAUAUGCACACUACAUUAAUCUUUCCAACAAUUUCUCUAAACUUUCAUCUCUCCAGGCAUUGCAUUUAAGAGGUUAUGUAUUCCAGGAACUGAGGAGAGAAGAUUUCCAGCCACUGAUGGGCCUUCCAAACUUAACAACUAUUAAUUUGGGUGUCAACUUUAUUAAGCAAGUUGAUUUUACUCUUUUCCAAAAUUUCUCCAAACUGAACAUUAUUUACUUGUCAGAAAACAGAAUUUUACCCCUUGUGAAUGAUUUCAGGCAGAAUUAUGCAAACAGGUCCUCUUUCCAAAGUCACGUCCUCAAACCACGUUCGAUUCAUACUCGGUUUGACCCACAUUUAAAUUUUUAUCAUAGAACCGAACCUUUAAUAAAGCCACAAUGUACAAGAUAUGGCAGAGCCUUGGAUUUAAGCUUGAACAGUAUUUUCUUUAUUGGGAAAAGGCAGUUUGAAGGUUUUGGUGACAUCGCCUGCUUAAAUCUGUCUUCAAACAACAAUGCUCAAGUGUUAAAUGGAACUGAAUUUUCAGACGUACGUCGAGUCAAAUACUUGGAUUUGACGAACAAUGGACUGGACUUCGAUAACGUGAAUGCUCUCAGCGAGUUAUCAGACAGCUUAGAAGUUCUAGAUCUCAGCUAUAAUUCACACUACUUCAGAAUAGCAGGGGUAACACAUCGUCUAGAAUUUAUUGAAAAGUUAAAAAACCUCAAAGUUUUAAACUUGAGCCACAACAGCAUUUAUACUUUAACAGAAAAUUAUACACUGCAAAGCAAUUCCCUGGAAGAAUUAGUUUUCAGUGGAAAUCGCCUCGACAUUUUGUGGAAUGCUGAAGAUGAAAGGUACCUCUCCAUCUUUCGAAACCUCAAAAAUCUGACACGGCUUGAUAUAUCAUUCAAUAAACUUACAACUAUCCGACAUGAUGCAUUCAACAUGUUUCCCAGGAAUCUCACUGAACUGCGUAUAAAUAAUAAUAUGUUGAAGUUCUUUAACUGGACAUUACUCUGGCAUUUUCGUUAUCUCAAGUUGCUUGACUUACAUGGCAACAAGCUAUUCUCUUUAUCUAACAGCCUGUCUGAGUUUCCACCUUGCCUCCAGACACUGCUGCUGAGUCACAACAGGAUUUCCUACCUCCCCUUCGGCUUUUUCUCCGAAGUCAGCAGUGUGAUGCACCUCGACUUAAGUUUCAACUCCCUAAAGAUGAUCAACAAAUCCGCACUGCAGACAAAGACCACCACCAAUUUAACUCUUUUAGAACUCCAUGGAAACCCUUUUGACUGUACCUGUGACAUUGGAGAUUUUCGAAUGUGGAUGGAUGAAAAUCUGCACGUGAACAUUCCUAAAUUGACAGAUGUCAUCUGUGUCAGUCCCGGGGAUCAGAGAGGGGCGAGUAUUGUGAGUCUGGAGCUAACAACUUGUGUUUCAGACACCACAGCGGUGGUGUUAUUUUUCUUGUCGUUCUUUAUCACCACCACGGUUAUGUUGGGUGCCCUGGCUCACCAUUUGUUUUGCUGGGAUGUUUGGUUUAUCUAUCACAUGUGUUUAGCUAAAGUAAAAGGCUAUAGGUCUCUUUCCACAUCCCAAACUUUCUACGAUGCUUACAUUUCUUAUGACACCAAAGAUGCCUCUGUUACCGACUGGGUGAUCAACGAGCUGCGUUACCACCUCGAAGAGAGCAAAGAAAAGAACGUUCUCCUUUGUUUAGAGGAGAGGGACUGGGACCCAGGAUUGGCCAUCAUUGAUAACCUCAUGCAGAGCAUCAACCAAAGCAAGAAAACAAUAUUUAUUUUAACCAAACAAUUUGCCCAAAGCUGGAACUUUAAAACAGCUUUCUACUUGGCCUUGCAGAGGCUAAUGGAUGAGAACAUGGACGUGAUCGUAUUUAUCCUGCUGGAGCCCGUCUUGCAGCACUGUCAGUACCUGAGGCUGCGGCAGCGGAUCUGUAAGAGCUCCAUCCUCCGGUGGCCUGACAACCCCAAGGCAGAAGGCUUGUUUUGGCAAAGUCUGAAAAAUGUGGUCUUAACCGAAAAUGAUUCCCGGUAUAAUAAUUUGUAUGUUGAUUCCAUUAACCAAUACUAAUUGCUGUUAAUUUAGUCAUGGUUUCACACUGUAAUAAAAAUGUGAAGUAAUGACCUUUCUAAGUUAGCUAUCGCUAUGUGACAAAUUGCCCCCAAAUUUAGUGGCUUAACACAACACACAUUUGCUAGCUCACAGUUUGCAUGGGUCUACAGUCCAGACACAACACAACUGGGUCCUCUGCUUCCGGGUCUCUCCGAAGCUGCAAUUUAGGUGUUGGCCAGGGCCACAGGCAUCUCUGGGGUUAGGUCUACUUCCAAGUUCACACCCAGGUGGUUGGUUUCAGGAUUCAGUUCCUCCUGGGCUGUUGGCCAAAGGCUGUUCUCAGUUCCCUGCCAAUGUAGACCUCUCCCACGAGGCAGCUUCCUUCAUCAGAGCCAGCAAGAAAGAGAGGCUGCUAGCAAGAUGAGGUCACAAUCAUUUGUCAUAUAAUCAGAGACGUGAUAGCCCAUCAUUUGGUGUUCUAUUCAUUAGAAGUAAAGAUAUUCUGGGCGGCACCUGUGGCUCAGUCGGUAGGGUGCCGGCCCCAUAUACCGAGGGUGGCGGGUUCAAACCCGGCCCCAGCUGAACUGCAACCAAAAAAUAGCCGGGCGUUGUGGCGGGCGCCUGUAGUCCCAGCUGCUCGAGAGGCUGAGGCAAGAGAAUCGCUUAAGCCCAGGAGUUGGAGGUUGCUGUGAGCUGUAUGAUGCCAUGGCACUCUACCGAGGGCCAUGAGGUGAAACUCUGUCUCUACAAAAAAAAAAAAAAAGAAGAAGUAAAGAUAUUCUAUUUGUUAGAAGUAAACCACAGGGCCUGCCAGCUCCAUGGGAGUGGCCAUCUCAGUCAGGGAAAACAGAUGAAGACCAAGAUGGUGGACUGUGAUUGCGUCAGUUGGUCAUCAACCAUUUUCCCUGAACUGCUAUCAAGAACAGACUGCCAUCUUGAUUAUGGAGUGUGAAUAUCGGGAGGUGGGGAUCAUCAUGAACCAUCUUAAUACCUGGCCUAAGAGGAACACCUUCUUUUCAAUAUUUAAGAAGUUUUGCCACUGUAAGUAGUGGUUCUAAUAUUAAGCUGGUGUUUAGAUUUAUCAUCAAUCUGUGGUGACAUGGUUAUAGCAUGCUGUUGUUGCAUUAGCCUUUUUUACAUUUACUUGUACAAAUAUUGGCUAUAAUAUUUGACUUUUAAGGUUUAGAUGUCAUUUAAAGGCUGAGACAAAUAGUGUUUUAAGUGUCUUACUUCUUGAUCUUUUUUUUAAAGUAUGCAGCUAAAUCAGAAGCUUUUAGAGUAUUUGUUAAAUGCCAUUGCUGUAAAUCUUAAAAUAAAUAAA